AACGGGCGCCAGUCUGGUGGGCCUGGCGAGGGUCACGCCACGACGCGGCAAUGGCCCCUCGCUCACCCCACUCCAGGUGGGUGGAGUGUCCUCAGGCGGAGCAGCUGUGGAGGAUGCUCUGCCUCGUUGCCUUUCUUUGCCACUGCUUCCAGGCAAGCCACCGUCGUGGAGUGAGGCAAAACAAUUCAGUCUGCUCUCCUUUGCCUGGCAUUGCAUGUCCAUCAGAUAGAAAGCAUCACUUUGGGAAGAAAGCUGCUGUCCUGCCUUCUUGAAAACUGGUGCCAUGACCCUGACCAAGGGCUCCUUCACCUACUCCAGUGGGGAGGAAUAUUGUGGGGAGUGGAAGGAAGGGCGCCGGCAUGGUGUUGGGCAGUUGACAUUUGCUGACGGCAGCAUUUACCUGGGACACUUUGAGAAUGGUCUCUUCAAUGGCUGUGGGGUGCUCACAUUUGCAGAUGGCUCCAGGUAUGAAGGGGAAUUUGUGCAGGGAAAAUUUAAUGGUGUUGGAGUCUUCACACGAUAUGACAACAUGAUCUUCGAGGGAGAAUUCAAGGGUGGACGUGUUGAUGGCUUUGGUCUUCUUACUUUUCCUGAUGGCUCCCAUGGGAUCCCUCGAAAUGAAGGUUUCUUUGAGAACAAUAAACUCUUGCGACGGGAGAAGUGCCAGGCAGUGGUCCAGCGUGCUCAAAGUGCCUCCAGGUUGGCACAUGUUCUCAUAGCAUGAUGGGUGCAAGCUCUAAGGCACCCUGCCUCAAGACUCUCCCAUGUACUGCAGCCUAAUCUUUAGGUUGACAGGAAUGUGAAAUGCAGGUGUCACAGAGACCAGUACCAUCUCUGCGAAGCAGAUGAUCCCAACUCAACCCUGCCUGGUUGGAUAGCCUAUCUGGGUCACUUCCUUCAACAGCUUGAUUCCAUUCUGUGAACCAGUGACAAACUUCCAACUACCAAGCCAUUGUCGCCUACCAUACGAGUUCUGUCACUCCUGAGGCAUUGGCAUUCCCUUUUUCAGGAACAUUGUCCAUAUGAAAGACAGUCGUAGCCUCAUAGAUAUAUGGGCAAAAUGGAAAGCACUGUGUCCUGUCCUCUCCAUCUUUACAGCGGACGCAAGGGAUUAUUUAUUUGUAUACACUGUGAGAAUUCACAAGGAUACACUUUUCCAUCCUUAGGAUGAAUGCAGCUGGAAGGUUGGAAUAUUUACUGGGGUUGUCUUCAAUAGUCAAAAAGAGAAGCUGCAACUUGCAUUUAGCACAGUUGUUUAUCCUUUUCCAUGAGCAGGUCUUUUGUCCUUCUCCUGGCUGCAUGAGGUUCAGCUUUCCUUUCUCUGUCCAAAUAAUAGAAAUUGGUUAUGAUGGUAGUGGAGAAUUGGGAUAGAGAUCUGAAUUCUGCAUCUUUUGAAUGUGCCUUUCCCCAGGUUUGUGAAUCAGCAUCAGACAGGAGGCCUGGACUAUAGAGUCUAAUGCCCUUUAAGUUCCAGAGUGCACCUGGAUUCUCUUUCCGCUCUUUGUUAUAGCUGUGUUGUGCUUUCUCCAAUUUAUUGGGCCACUCUCACUGUGAAUUUUUGGGCUGUUGCUUGGAUGAAAGUCAACAUUUCCCAGCCUUGACCCCUUGCAAAGGGUCUACACUACUUCACUUUGCCUCCAGAGCUCUUGCAUGGCAUCCAUGCACCAUAGUGCCACAUAGGGCUGUGCAUAUCCUGAAUUUUAGAAACCAAAAUUCUACACCAAGCAAAGUUGAGUCCAACAGACUGUAUCAGCUACAUAAACAAGCAAAAAAGGCAUAUACAGUACUUGUGUGUGUUGUAUAGUUUCUCUGGUGGAGCCCCCAGUGGCAUAGUGGGUUAAAGCCUUGUGACUUGAAGGUUGGGUUGCUGACCUGAAGGCUGCCAGGUUCAAAUCCCACCCGGGGAGAGCACGGAUGAGCUCCCUCUAUCAGCUCCAGCUCCAUGCGGGCACAUGAGAGAAGCCUCCCACAAGGAUGGUAAAAACAUCAAAAAACAUCUAGACAACGUCCUAGCAGACAGCCAAUUCUCCCACACUAGAAGCGACUUGCAGUUUCUCAAGUCGCUCCUGACAUGGAAAAAAAAAAGUUUCUCUGGUUGUUGGUCAUGGGGAAAAGGCGCAAGGGUUUUGUACUCACGAAAGUACUUUUCUUUAUUGCUAUUGCCAUAAAUCCUGUACUGCUCCAAAAUCCUUCCUUUGGUUUCUGAGAUUUUAACAGUUAUAGUAGUAACAUUUCCUAUCCUUUCCUUGCUAUCUUAAUGACUAGAAAUUUCCAUUAAAAUAGAAUAAUUCUUUUUCAAAAAAUCUCAGGAUGCUGAUCCCUGAUCCCAUUACUGCAUAAUGCUAUCACAGAACAAUGCCAUAUGCACAGCCCUAUAUGUACAUAAAACAACUGGUAACCUUCCCUAUUUAAUUCCCAAGGUCGAAAGAGGUUGCUUGCUCGCAGAUAUAAUACUGUUUAAUUCCUUUAUCAGCAUUUUGAUGUACAGUAGGUGAACUGUGGAACCUAGCACAACAGCUUACAGUAUGGAGAUUGUGAGGCAUCCUUAAUACCAGAGCUUCCAAAAGUUCCUUUUUGAAAUCUAAUUCCAAGAAUCAUCAGCUGCCAAGGGCAAUAACCAUGCUGGCUGCAGGAUUCUGGGAGUUCUUCAAGAAAGUAACUUUUCUAAGCUUUGUGUGGUGUAUUGGUAUACUAAAAUGGAGCAAUGAUGUCAAUGCAAAGUGUAGCCCCUGGCUAGAACUAUGGGCUUUUUGGAAAUGGCAGACUGGAAUAGUAGGAGGGCAGAUCAUUGUCACAUAGCAGGAAAGUACGAAAUCGUAUGGUGGGGGUUGAGUUGGGAGUGAGUGGUCACUGAAGAGCUGCUCUGUUUCUGCCCAACCACUUUGUGUUCCUGUGCACUAAAAUUAAACAUGGGAUUGUUGUGAGACUGGGGGGGUGUUAUUGCAUUGACUUGCAUAGUGUGUGUCCCCAAGUGCCAUGCUGGAGCCUUUGUGUGACCAGCCCACUUCCACAUUGAAUGUUUGCAUGUCAAUGCCACCCUCGUGCCUUUGUGUCUCUGCCCAUGUAAGGGCCUUGGCCAAAUAAAGAGUUGCUGAAUAUUU